AUGCGCACAGAUCAUGAAGAACUCUGUGGCACCAGUUACAGAUCUUUUUGUCUAAACGGAGGGAUUUGUUACAUGAUUCCUACUGUAUCCAGUCCAUUCUGCAGGUGUAUUGAGAACUACACAGGAGCCCGCUGUGAGGAAGUUUUGCUGCCCAGCAUCAAGUCCCAAGCUAAAGGUGACCUGUUUGCAGCUUUCUUGGCUUCACUGCUUCUUCUAGGAGUUCUUGUAAUUGGAGCAUUCUACUUCCUUUGCAGGAAAGGUUCCAUUCCAAGGACGAGUUCCUCAGAGUGUGGUGCCAACCUGGUUGAAACUACAAGCAGCAAUGGCUGCAUCAGUGAGUACAUUUAA